GGGUGGGUGGGAUUACAGCAGGGAGCCGGUUUCGCCUCCCAUCAGGCCAGAUGCCCUUGGGCAGAUUUGUCUGCUGAGUUUGUUCCCCCCUCCCCCCACCCCGUUGUUGUGGCGUCAGUUUGGGCCCUGUCAUCUUCCCUGGUCCCUGAAGUGCCCGGUGGCGGGUGGGGGGUGACUAGGGGAAAAGGCAGAGUAUGUAGACCCCUUGCUGUGGGAGCAGUGCCGCCAGGGACUCAGGGAAGGCUUCCGGGAGAAGGCAUCCGCUGACGGGACCGAGAGGGAGGAUUUCCACAGGUGCCGGCGGAGGACAGUAGGGCAAGUGUGCGACAAAAGCCAGCCAGAGGGCAGGGCCGUCUCUGCCCCCUGACCGCAUCCCUUUCCCUGCUCUUCCUGGCCCAGCUCUCUCUCCGGACGGUGAACUCCUCUCGCUCUGCCUAUGCCUGCUUCCUCUUUGCCCCACUCUUCUUCCAGCAGUACCAGGCAGCCACCCCUGGUCAGGAAGCCCUGCGCUGUAAGAUCUUGAUGAAGUCGUUCCUGGCCGUCUUCCGCUCGCUGGCGAUGGUGGAGAAGACCGUAGAGAGAUGUUGCAUCUCGCUGAAUGGCAGGAACAGCCGCCUGGUGGUCCAGCUGCACUGCAGAUACGGGGUGAGGAAGACUCACAACCUGUCCUUCCAGGAGUGCGAGUCCCUGCAGGCCGUCUUCGACCCAGCCUUGUGCUCCCAUGUGCUCCGUGCCCCCGCGCGAAGCAGAUGCCCACUCCUGUCUCAGUUGUCUUGAGGCCAAUUCCAGACGUUGUCUCGGUCCUGGGGGAGGCUGUUCAGCCCUUCCCCCCCACAUUGGCAGAAGUGACGCUGGGCAUCGGCUCUGGCCGCAGGGUCAUCCUGCGCAGCUACCAGGAAGAGGAGGCAGACAGGACUGUCAAAGCCAUGGUGACGGAGAUGAGCAUCGGGGAGGAGGACUUCCAGCAGCUGCAGGCCCAGGAAGGGGUGGCCAUCACUUUCUGCCUCAAGGAAUUCCGGGGACUCCUGACUUUCGCAGAGUCCGCAAACUUGUCUCUUAGCAUUCACUUCGAUGUGCCAGGCAGGACCUGUCAUCUGCCUAGGCCAGCCAUCUUUGCCAUCAAGGACUCCCUGCUGGACGGACACUUCGUCCUGGCCACGAUGUCCGAGUCGGACCUGCGCUCUCCAGAGCUACACAGGCUGGCGCCUCCGCUCCAGGCUCACAGCACACCCCACCUGGAUGACUUUGCCAAUGACGACAUUGACUCUUACAUGAUCGCCAUGGAAACUACUGCAGACAUCGAGGGCUCCCGGGCAGUACCCUCUGUGUCCUUUUCACCUGGCCACCAGCCCCCUGCUAGCCCUGGCCCCUACUCAGAGGACAACGACACUGAGCCCAGUAUAGAGCCUGGGACUCCCCCCCCCAAGAAGUUCCGCUCGCUGUUCUUUGGCUCCAUCCUCGCCCCUGCACACUCCCCUCCCGGCCCCAGCCCUGUGCUGGCUGAAGAUAGUGAGGGUGAAGGCUGAACUGAGAACAAGCCCGUGUCCAGAGGCCCUGGACUAGACGAAGCCACGGCCUCCCCCUUCCCCCAGAGAGCUGAUCUCUGCCCUGGUGGGUGGUAAAGGCAGGCUGUGCUGGAGUGGAGCUGGUUGGUCUUGUCCCCACCUCAGACCCCUCCCAGCUGUCUCUGACUAGCCUGGGUCCUGUCUUCCCUCACCAACUCCCAACCAAUCAUGUCUGUUCCCAGGCUUGGCACUGAGCUGCCACCUGAUGGGAGGUCCCUCACCUGUUCCUCCCCGUAGGCCUUCAGGCCAGACUCCUAACUACGCAGCCAGGGUGGACACCUGCCUUCCCUAAGACAGAAGUCACAAAGGGGCUCUUGGCCCCUGCUGCUCUCCCAGCUUUGCCAACCAUGACGUGUCCCUUCCUUAAACCCUGGGCACGCCCCUGGGAUCCCUUUAGCCGGCAGACUAUUUUUCUUGCUUUCUCUAUGCUGUCUGGCCCUGGUUUGGAAUUCUAAGCCCCCGUGGACCCGAGCCUGUGGCUGGGGUUGCCUUGGCUGGCGCCCCAUGCCCGGCAAGCCUGUCCUCCCAAGCGGCUCUGGGCAGAAGGGCUGCCAGGCUCAGUAUUUGGGACAAGGGAGACAGAGGCCGUGGCGAGAAUCCAGCUUUGACCUUUAUUCAAGAGACCAGAUGGGUCGCCCCAGGAUCUGUCUGUUGGCCCUGAGGCCAAGCGAGGCUGGAAACCCACAUCUGGCCCUGCUUUGCCCUGAGCUGCAGCCUCAGCCCCAGGGUCCUGCUUGUCACCACCGCCGGUGCAGGCGGAAGGAGCCCUGGGGGACUGGACGCUGCUAUCGAUUCAUUAAAAAAAAAGAAAAAGAAAAA